CUUCUUCCAUCGAACGUUCUGGAAAGAUAAACAAAACAAAAAGUGUCAUCGACUUCGAAACGAGUUUUCAUUUCAAACUUUUACCUCGAUCAUAAAUAAUAUAUUGUCAACGUACAUUCUGGCCCUCCAUGAUUUGAAUUUUUAUUCAAACGACCUGCAGUUAUUUUUUUUAUUCAACAAUUUUCCAUAUCCAAAUUUUUACGGUAGGCAGCGGCUUGACUGUGCAUUGCUGACGUCCAUGGGCGACGGUAACCAGUCACCAUCAAGUGGGCGGUAUGCUCGUUCGUCUGCCUACAAGUGUAAUUGAAAUUGUGCGUUUCGGUUUGAAGGGUGCGGCAGCCGUUGUAACUAUACUGAGAUCUUAGAAAUUAUAUCUCAAGGUGGGUGGCGCAUUUACGUUGUAAAUGUCUAUGGGCUCCAGUACUUAACAUCAGAUGGGCUAUGAACUCGUCCAUCCAUCUAAGCAAAAAAAUAUAUACAUAUUUACAGUUCGCAACUAAUCAAAAUUGGACAGUAAGUCAGUCAGUAACACUGGUAUUUUUAAAGUAUAUUUUCGUAGACCGACAGUAGCUAUUUUAAUACAAAUAAUGACGAAAACAUUUAGCGCGGUCCGAAGGCACGGAAAGCGUAAACACGAAGCGCCGGUAUGCACCGUUACCUCGCUUGUAUAAAUGAGGAGCCCCACCCGAAAGCUUUAGUGUAGCGAUGACCAUGAAACUACACGCGGCCCUGUUGCUAACUACAUUCGUGCUCGCCGCACGCGCAGCCUCCAUCCCGGACAAGGUCCCCGAGGCCGAAGAUAAACCUUUAAAUGUCGUUGAGAACUUAUCUAGUGAGCAGGAGCUCAUCGACCAGGCUAAUACGAUUAAGGACAUCGAUAACAGCCUCCGCGCGAACAAAAAAGAAGUCGUCGACAUCCCCGUUAAAGUUAUCGUUGAAGAAAUCAAACCGUCGUUGAAGAGUGAUUUAGAAAACGUUGAAGUGCCGGAUGAAAAUGAGGAAAUCAAGAGGCCUCUAGUCGAUUUAAGAAAUCCCGGGCCCCCGCAGCAUCAAGAGCACGAAACACAGAAUCCUGAACACCACGAAGAUGCUGAAAAAAUCGUUUCUUCCGUCAAAAAUGACAUUAACACAGCGGAAAUCGCUCUUCGUCAAGGCUUCCAGGAAGUGUCAGACGGUAUUGGAAAAUGGUACGCUCGUACCGAGCAAAUUAACGAGCUCCAGGCCAGCUUGCAACAUUUCCAAGAAAAUUUCGGCGCUCAAAUACAAAAGUUGAAUGAAACGCUACAUUUUAUUAAACCAGCUGACACCAUCGCGGCCCCUUCUGUCGAGGAAACGCAAAAUAAAGCUUCUUUUGAAACAAUCGAAUCGGGUCUCAAGUCUUUAGAGACAAAUUUCAAUAGCGGUCUUAAUCAGCUAUCUGAAGGUAUUCAAAUUGUGGCUACGUUCAAAGCCGACGGAGAGGCUGCAGCUGAAAGUUCCAGUACCGCCCCUGCUCAAAGCACAACAGCUUCUACAGUAACAAGCACCAAUGGCCCUACAAAUCCUUUAAUUCAAAUGGUGACCAACCUCCAGAAUUCAUUCCUGUCCGGAAUGGCUAAUCUCACUCAAGCAAUCAACAACUGGAACUCGAACCAAGCAUGGAGUGUUCCAAAUAUUUUUGGCGGAGCUAGCACUGCAGCCCCUCAGUCAGAUGUUCAAGGCGACGCAACCACCACAACGCAGAGACCUGCGCCGUGGCAAAAUCUGCCGUCGCAAAUAAGCAACUUUUUUAAUCCCCAGGGACAAAACAGUAACCAACAAAACCAGAGCGGUCAACAGUCGCAGGCGCCUUCUGGUCUCUUUUCUGGUGUACAAAAUUUUCCAUUUAACUUCCUAAACCUCUUACAACCAAAUAGGCCUGGUGCUCAGUCUACUGAGAAACCCGCUGAAGCGACUAGUACGAACGGAGCCGCGAGUGCCGCUCCAGACAUUGCGAAACCAUCGGAGUCAAAUCUACCUACUGAAACAAAACCAGAACAACCCGCAGCCGGGCCGUUAAAACAAAUUUUCGAGAACAGCCCAGUUCUGCAAGGCAUCGCAGGAGCAGUUAAAAAGAUCCAAACAACAGUCAAUAAUCCAGUGAAGCCAAGAGAUUCGGAAGUGGUUGAAGAGACUAAAUCUGAUCAAGAGAAGGGAGGCGUCAUUUUGUUGCCAGUACACGGUCACGGCGGUCACGGUGGAAAUGGGGAUAAUAACAACGUCAGUGACGGGUUGAAAGCGGAAGCCGAAGAAAUCAAGGUAUCCACAGAAGAAAAACAGGAAGAGAUAAAAGAGAAAGAAAUAAUAGUAGAAAACAAGACUGAAUGAGUCACUAGUGACCAUGUUAAUGUUAAUUAAUUGAAUUAGAUAUGCUUUGUACAAAUAAAGACGACUGAAACAUGAGCAUGAAGAACAGACGAAAUAAAAUUUAAUUUAA